UUUACCUUGUUGGAUGUUGAUAUUGCACGAGUCUCUUGGAUAGCAGCAGCGAGGUAAACUCCCUCACAUCAACAAUCUGCCCUGAGACGGUGAACAACUGGCUUCAGGUUCAGUUCAUCUUUAACCGCACCCUUCUGGCCAUGCUGCGAAACUUGGAUGAUGAAGCCAAAGCUGAUUGGAAAAGUUCUCUUGCUAAAGUGGUGCAUGCUUUCAAUUGUACCCGCAAUGAAUCCACUGGAUAUGCACCCUAUUACCUCCUCUUCGGAUUGCCCAUUGAUCUCAUGUUUGGCAUUCCACCAAGUGAUGGCAGCGCAUCCCAUCAAGAGUAUGCAAAGAAAUGGAGAAGAAGGAUGGAAGAGGCUUACCAGUUUAGCUUCCAAGGCGACAAAGGGUUGUGGGAAAAGAGGAAAAGAUGGGUAUGACAGAAAGAUCCAUGGAGCAGAACUGUCUCCUGGCUGUAGAGUGCUGAUUAGGAACUUGACAGAGAGAGAUGGGCCAGGGAAACUUAGAUCGUUCUGGGAAGAGAGAGUGCAUGUAGUUGUAAAGAGGAAACAUCCAGACAGUCCAGUUUAUGAAGUACAACCAGAGGAUGGCCAGGGUCGCACCAGAGUACUUCAUCGGAAUCUGCUGCUCCCCUGUGAUUUCCUGCCAGUGGAGAUGGACACUCCAGAAAAGAAUAGAGGUGAGAAGCAACACAAACAGAAAAAGUCACGACCAACACAGUACACGGAACCCGAGUCUUCAUCUGACAGUGAAGAGGAUGAAUGGAGAUGCAUCUCUGGAUGGUCCCAAGGAGAUUCCCCCAGACAAACCCGGAGCAACCUCAGAGCGGAUGCUACAGAGUUCCAGCCUCAGACGGCAGCACCAGCACUUGAGGGAGACGACGGGAUGGAAAGACAGAACCUGUGGACAUCAGAUUCAGACGGAGACCAGGAAGACAUGAUUAAGACUGAGCUAGAACAGGAGGUGCCAGCAGGCGCAGCUGAAUAGACAGAGGAUGCUGAGCUUGAGACAGCAAGCCACAACGAGGAAGAGAUGUCUCCACCAUCUUCACAACCUGCAAGACAAUAUCCUUUCAGAAUUAGAACUGCACCUAAAACAUUCACAUAUGAUCGGUUGGGACAGCCCACAUUUAGUUAAAAUAGUUGUUUUACAGCUUUAGAGUAGAAAUGUAUGGUUCCUGCCAUUCAGUUAUAGUAUGGAUGUAGAAGUCCAUGUUAAAGUAAUUGAUUUAAGAUAUGUUGGGACAAGAACCUGUUUAAAUAGAGCUUCUUUGAGUUAAUAUAGGCCUACAAGAAAAUGUUCAUACAUUUAGAAUCACAUACUGAUUACUGGAUUACUGACAAGUGGCUGUUGUAAGGUAAUGUGUUUAGAUACGAGUAGUCUGAAAAAGACUUGCAACACAGAAGAGACAAGUGGUUAGAUUUUGGGUAAAUAGGAUGUAUGAGGUGUGAGAUUCUAGGUGAUUGUACAACAGGUCAAAGGUCAUGCCCAUGCCAGUCAAGAUGAGCUUCCCGUGAAUACAGCGGAGGAAAUUGUUGGGUGUCGUAGUGCACAAUGACACCCACUGUUUAACACAUAACAUGUAAAAAGAGAUGUGUGUUUUGUGAAAUCUGUCAUCAGAUAUGUAUCUUGAAUUCUGGACUCUAACCUGUUAGCAAUUAAACUGUUCAGACAGAAUCAACUGGGACUGGAAAAGUCAGGACAUUUAGUUAAGCAGGGGAGAGUGUAGUGUACACCCCAUGAUAUGUUCUAUUUUUUUUUGUUGUCUUCAUUCCAACAUGUUAGACUUCUAAGAUAGUCACGAUGAGGUUACCAUUUUUGUCCAGUAGGUGGCAAUGCAGGAUUAUUAAUGGAGUAAUUCAUGUAGUUAAGUGAAGAGAGGAAAACGAAACUUGGAGAGGAAAACGAAACUUAAGAGAGUAACGAGACAAAGAGAACAACGUGGUAAUGAAAACGGAAUGUAAUUCAUGAAGGAGUUUGAAAUAAACUAACAACUUUCGACACACUUGUUGUCAAGACCCUUUUACUUCAAGUGUGCAACAUUACCCACCCAUGGUCUGCUGGCAUCGGGGGCAAGCGAGACCGGGUGUCAGUGAACCGCCUUAAACCCUCUCACUUGGACUUGGACUCUCCGGUGGUGGUUGCCCAGCCCCCACGGCGGAGCCGUCCUCCAUCUACCGCGCUUCCACAGUCAACGAACCCUGAACUUCCUGUUCCUGCGGCCCAGUGCCUGAUGGCCAGAGCAAGUUUGGCCGAGCACUGUGCCCACCUCACCGGAUGAACUUGUCUGUCUUUGUGAAUUCUGGGGGGGCAUGUGUAGGGUCACCACGUUGUACAUAAUUCACAGCCAGCCAUUACGUGUUUACUUGAAUGGUAUUGUUGCAGUUACAGCC